AGGAGGAGGAGAGUUGCUCCUACACACACUCACACUAUCAUCAUCUGCUUCUUUCUUUCUCUUUCUCUUCCUCUUCCCUUUUCUUGAGGGACCCUCAAGUACAACUGCUUAUAACAUCCUUCCCUCUCUUCUCUCUCCGUCAAAUACUAGAACUAACCUAAAACAAGUAGUGCUCUUUUACUCUCUAACUCUCCCUCUCUCUCUCUCGUUCCAGGGAGAGAGCGAGUAUGAUAUCCUUCUCUCACAUAUAAUGGACUCAACUGCUACUACUACUAAUAAGAGGAACAGCAGCAGAAAUAACAAGUCUAAUACUCUCUCUCCUGCCAAUUCAGGCCAAGCUCAGUAUUCUUCAAAAAUGUCCUCCUUCUCUUCUCCUCCUCACCAAUUCAGCAUCUCUGACUAUAAUCGCUCUAACGCUCACCUUAAAGUGUCCAAUGAUGCCAUCUCGCAACUUCCUCAAGUUUUUGACUCUCUCCUCUCAUCCCUCUCUACCUUCUGUCAGUCUGGACAGGAGCUAGCCUCACUGCUAGGGAUAGUCCUUGAGGAGACCCCACUGGCAACUGUUGCCAAUACUUAUCAUGACACGUGCGAAGAGCUCUCACUCAAGUGUACUCAGCAGGAAUCGCUACUCCGUCAACAAAUCACGGCCUCUUGUCAGAAAAUGGGGCCUCUUGUCAGCUCACUUCGUUCCUCUAUUGAUCAGUACUCGAGGUCUGGAAAGAAAUACGAGGCCUUGAAAUCUCAGUAUGAAUCUCUCUCUAUGGACUCCAAGACAAGCCAGGCAAAGGUCGAGCAGCUUCAGUUAAAGUUUGAGAGCUCGCGGAAUGAGUUUAAUCACUCGCUGGGUCAACUGAGCAGGACGACAGACGAGUUGGACUCUGCUAAAAUAAACGUCCUAGGUACCUGCUUCCUUAGCCUAAUACAGAGUCAUGCUAAACUCCUCUCUACUGCUGCAAAAGCUCUAGCACCACUUUCCGAGCUGGAAGCAGAUACCCUAAUUAAUGCCCAUCCCGUAGUACCACUGAAUGCGACACUUGUGCAAGAUCUGACGUUAAACUGGCUGUCAUCAGCUCAGGUGUAUAGUAAUUUGAGAGAGUGUGGCGGCUCUCUGUCCAGUAACGUGAUAUCGGAUUUGACCAAUUGGAGGAGUAAUGAAAAGAGAAGAGCUGAGAUUAAUGUUUACAUUGAUUCUUUGAUUAAGUCUUACAUUUCCGAGAUCAGUAAUGGCAUUCUCAGUCGGCACACGCUGUCUGGAGGGUUUCAUUUAAAUCCAAAAGGAAUUGCUUUAGCACUCAAAGGUUGCGUUAGUGAAUUGGAGUCUGCUGGUGCUGGGGUCUCUCCUCUUCCCUCCUCUUCUCGUGAAGCAAACAACCUCAUAAAGAGAGAAAUACCUCAUAUUGUCCUUACCGUUAAAGGGAGAGAGAUAGGAGCUGCAACUAGUUCUGAUUCACGCGAUAAUUUCCAAGAGAAGCUGUCGGCCGUUAAAGAGUUAGUCUCGGGUUUGGUUGAGCCACGUUUGUUCUCAGAGGAAGUUGACGAGGAGAUUGUGUCUGAGAUUAUCAAUAAAGCCUCCAUGCAUGUACUUGCCCUCUCUUGUCACUCUGUCAUUAGUAGAUCCUCCAAAAUAGCAGCAACACUCUUGUAUGGAAGAUCUAACCUUGUGAUGGUGAGGGAAUCUCCUUUACCAGAGGAGGUGCCAAUGGUUACUAUAGCAACAAAUUCGGCUGAAAAUGGAGAGCCUUUGAUAUUAAUAGAGUCUCAAACAGUUUGGUGGUUAGUGGAGGACAAUGGAGUCUUCCUCUCUCCUCUUUCUCGGGUUCCUCCCACUCAUACCUUCAUGGCUAGGAUAUUGACAGAUUAUGCUAUACAAGUUAAUGUUGAGGAAUUUAUUAAAAAUUCGUAUUAUCAGCCAUUCGUUCCGUCUUUCACUAUCCACUGUGCAAGAAUCAACAAAGAUUAUCUCUCCUUGUAUCAAACUCACUCCUCCUCCUCAAAGCACCACAAGGGGCUACACCACUCUUCCUCCUCCCUCAAGCACCACAGAAGCCACAACUCCCUUAGAUAUGCUUCUUCGGAGAGUGAGGGCAUCCAAGAAGACUCACCAAACUCCACGAUCACUCCGCCUUCCUCUGGUCACAGUUCUGAUCGGUCACGUACAGGGAGUGGUCUAGGAGCCCCCGGGAGGCUCUAUCGGAGUAAUUCUAACGAUAGUAUCAGUACUGCUACUAGUAAUGUAACGUUAAAGGCUAACCAGUUUGAUGGACCAGAUGAUAUUAUGAAUAUACUUGCCUCCAAUAAGCAGCGUGGUGGAUUGACCCAGAACACUUUAUUAGCACACACAACCGGCAGUAGCAGACAUCGGUACAGCCAUCGGAGGAAAGAGCUUGGAUCAGAGGGAAGGAGAGAAGAAAAGGAAAAGAAUAUUAUUGAUAAAUCAUCUCGUACAUCUUCAGAGUCAGACUCUGUUCACGCCUCCAACUCCUCACUGAAGUUCACUCCGCCGUCUGAAGAUUUCAAUGCUAUGUAUGGCAUUUUGGGCCAGACUGAUUCCACGCCCCCAGGGGGGAGUGACUAUUUUGAUGACUUGACAAGAGACCCAGAAGACAGUGAGAGAGAGUUCCUCAGUGGAGACACUGAGGAACACCUACUACAGAGCCAGAUUAUUAAUAAUGAUGACAGUGACUUGAGAAAAGGAGGAGGAGGAAGCAUUGGGACUCUCUCUUCGACCACGCCUCUCACUGGCAGCUCUAGCGGGGCAGACUCGGGUAUACAUGUAGAUGGAGUUGUCAAGUUCCGUAACCCUUCGCUUAGGACUAACUUGCAGCACCUUCCCUCAGACGAAGGAUCCUGGAGUGGAUUUGAGAGUAUUUAUAAUCGUAGGUUGGGACCAAUAUGUCAUCCUGGGGGAAGGGGUGGAGAUAUUUCAUCUGAUAGUGAAUCGGAAACAACUUCAGGGAGAAACAGUCGUGAUGCUAAUAUUGGAGACAGUCCUGAUGAACUCCCUGGAGGAAGAUCAUCAUCGAGUGCCUCGCUCCAUAGCUCCUCAAGGCUCUCACACGUUGAUUCAUCAGACACCUCUAGCCUACCAGACACCCACGACUACCAGUCCUUUAAUCAUGCUCCUGGCUCCCAUCGUAUCAACCCCCACCACAAGAGACAGUCCUCUCUCUCCUCCUAUCCCAAUGGUCCCCCUCUGUCUCAGGACGGGAACGACCCGUCCCGCCCCUCCUCCUUCUCGCAGGAGGUCAUGAUAUCCCAAGACAUACCCCUUGACAGGGACCUCCCCUAUCCUGGCUCCUCCCAUUUUUCUAAUCCUUAUGACCACGAGAUGAGGGCUGGGAUGCAAGGUGGCGGUACCUCACACAGUCAGUUUUUGAGUGAUCCUUAUCCUGGGGCUCCUCCCCCGUACAUUAACGAUCAUCAUCAGCGUAGGAUGGACUUUAGACGUCCUCCUCCUCCUCCUGGUCCUUAUUGGGACCCAGGGUUCACUCCUCCGGGUCACAUGAUGCCUCCUCCUCCUCUCCCUCAAAUGAGGCCACACCCACCACCUCCACCACACGAUAUGUAUCACCAUGGUAACGGUUAUCGUGCCACCACUCCGGAGAUAUCACCGGCUCCGUCUCCGCACCCAACUCCACCCACAACUCCUCCCCCUCCGAUGCUAACUAUGCAACCUUCACCGAUACGUCUCCCACCUAAUCCGAGGCCACACCAAUUUCGUGUCCCUCCUCCUCAUAACAUGCAGUUUGCUCCUCCCCCUAGGGGUAUUCCUCCUCAUCAUCGUCCCCCGUUGGGUCCUCCCAUGCCACGCCCCCAUCCUCCUCCCCGUGGUCCCAUGGUACCCCCGCCACAUCACGGACGUCACAUGCCCCCUGGUCCUCCCCAUGGCCGAAUGCAUGAUUGGCCCGAGUGGCAUCAUUAAUUGUAAUUAAAGAAUUAAUUUAAGUGUAAUGAUUAAUAAUCUCUAAGUUUUAGUUCUGUAUUAUACAGUAGUGAGGGGUAGCUAUGUAAUACUUUAAUUAUUACUGAUAAUUAUUAAUAAUCAUUAAUAUUAGAUUUAGUUUUAAUUUUCUCUUCAGAAGCUAUUUAAUUU